GAGGAGGAGCGGGAGGAGGGACGAGCUGGUUGGGAGAAGAGGAAAAAAGUUUUGAGACUUUUCCGCUGCCGCUGGGAGCCGCAGGCGCGGGGACCGCUUGGCGCGUCGCCGCCCCGCGAGGAGGCAGGACUUGGGGACCCCGGACCAGCCCCCAUCACCGCCUCGGACGCUUGUUCCUUCCCUGCCCCCUACACGGCGUCCCUCAGGCGCCCCCAUUCCGGACCAGUCCUCAGGAGCCCCAAACCCGGCCUCCCGCGAAGAGAGGGCGCACGCCCCUGCACGCCGCUCUUUCCCCUCAGCCUGUCUCCUGAGUCCCCGCGCAUCCUAGGACCCUUUCUCCUCCGGGAAACGGAUCUCUCUCAGACCUGCCACAGCUCCCCUAUUCAAGACCACCCACCUCCUGGUACUAGAUCUCGCCCAUCUCGGUUUUUUGUUGUUGGGCUCCUGAAACACCUCGGGUCAGAGCCUUUCCUCCGCCUUUGCUCCUUUCUCCCUGAAGGCCUCAACUUUCCCCCAGACCCUCUUACCUUUCCCCGGGAGACCCCCAGCCCCUGCAGGGGCGGGGCCUCCCCAUCCCAUCCCAGCCCUGUUCGUGCUCUCGGCAGUGCCGGGGGGCGCCGCCUCCCCCAUGCCGCCCUCCGGGCUGCGGCUCCUGCCGCUGCUGCUACCGCUGCUGCUACCGCUGCUGUGGCUACUAGUGCUGACGCCUGGACAGCCAGUCGCGGGACUGUCCACCUGCAAGACCAUCGACAUGGAGCUGGUGAAGCGGAAGCGCAUCGAAGCCAUCCGCGGCCAGAUCCUGUCCAAGCUACGGCUCGCCAGCCCCCCGAGCCAGGGGGAGGUGCCGCCCGGCCCGCUGCCCGAGGCGGUGCUCGCCCUGUACAACAGCACCCGCGACCGGGUGGCCGGGGAGAGCGCUGAGCCAGAGCCUGAGCCUGAGCCAGACUACUACGCCAAGGAGGUCACCCGCGUGCUAAUGGUGGAAACCAAAAACCCAAUCUAUAACAAAAUUGAGCACAGCCCACACAGCAUACAUAUGUUGUUCAACACAUCAGAGCUCCGAGAAGCAGUUCCUGAACCCGUGUUGCUCUCCCGGGCCGAGCUGCGCCUGUUGAGGCUCAAGUUAAAAGUGGAGCAGCACGUGGAACUGUACCAGCAAUACAGCAACAAUUCCUGGCGCUACCUCAGCAACCGGCUACUGACCCCCAGCGACUCGCCAGAGUGGUUGUCCUUUGACGUCACUGGAGUUGUGCGGCAGUGGCUGAGCCAUGGAGGGGAAAUAGAGGGCUUUCGCCUCAGUGCCCACUGCUCCUGUGACAGCAGAGAUAAUAUACUCCAAGUGGACAUCAAUGGGUUCAGUAAUGGCCGCCGGGGUGACCUGGCCACCAUUCACGGCAUGAACCGGCCCUUCCUGCUUCUCAUGGCCACCCCUCUGGAGAGGGCCCAGCAUCUGCACAGUUCCCGGCGCCGCCGAGCCCUGGACACCAACUACUGCUUCAGCUCUACGGAGAAGAACUGCUGCGUGCGGCAGCUGUACAUAGACUUCCGCAAGGACCUCGGCUGGAAGUGGAUCCAUGAGCCCAAGGGCUACCAUGCCAACUUCUGCCUGGGGCCCUGCCCUUACAUUUGGAGCCUGGACACGCAGUAUAGCAAGGUCCUGGGCCUGUACAACCAGCACAACCCAGGCGCGUCGGCGGCGCCGUGCUGCGUGCCGCAGGCACUGGAGCCGCUGCCCAUCGUGUACUACGUGGGUCGCAAGCCCAAGGUGGAGCAGCUGUCCAACAUGAUCGUGCGCUCCUGCAAGUGCAGCUGAGACCCCGCCGCGCCCGGCAGGCCCGGCCCCUCCCCGUCCCCCGCCUUGUAUUUAAGGACACCCGCGCCCCAAGCUCACCUGGGGACCCAUUAAAGAUGGAAAAAGGA